CUCUCUGCAAAAUUCUCUCACCAUUCUGUUGUCUCACAUUUGACCUUUCUUUUCAUUCGCCACCAUGGUUUCUCUCGCACAACGACUGGGUAAAUGGUACCAGUUUCGUUUCAAAAAUCUGACGCUCAAUGUCCCUAGCACUUGCAUCACAAAUAAUGGAGCCCUUAGUUUACUCUUCAAAGACAAGGAUGAAUACGAGAUGAAAGGUGUAUACGAGUUGACUGGCCACGUCUUUGUGGACUAUAUAAUGUCACACACCUAUGAAGUUGACUAUGAGGCCGCAGAGCAAGACGAGUAUAUAGCUUUGAGAGAGUACAAGAUCGCACUCCAGGCCUGGGCUGUCGGACGCAAGUAUAACAUCCGCGGUCUAGCUUUGCUAGCCAGAGACCAUGCUGUCAAGCUGGCUGAGCAGCAUCUGCGCCCUGUCUUGGCACUGGUUGCGACAGUUGAUACUCCCUUGGUGAUGAAGCAUAUCACCGGCAUCAUCCACCGAAUUGACGACUACACUGAGGAGUUCCUGCAGAGCUUGACAAGACAAGAGGCGAGAGACAUUCUCUUGUCCGUGAAACCUCCCAAAACAGUGGGUUGGCUGUGGGCAACGCUACAGUUGAUGCGGAAAGCCCAGGGGCCAGCUCUGGAACGAGGCUGGUAUCUGGUUCACCAGACCCUUCCAACCCUUGUGCCAGGAUUGGGAGAAUGUCUGUCGCUUCUAGAAGAACUGAGACGAGUCAUACAAGAAAGUGAGUAUAGGGCUCCUGCAGCUAUUGACCCCUUCGACGAUGCCGUGGAGCACGUUCUGAAUCCAUUCAAUCACUGGAUCCCAGAUGCCAAGAUCAAAUGUGGAAAAGUCAUGCGCGCCAUGGUCAGAAACUUCAACAGUUGCCAGAAGAUCGGCACCCGCAAUAAGGAGAAGCCGCCCGAGAGGGACAAGUACUUUUUUUACUAUUCAUUCAUAGACUGUUGGAAAUAUUCUACAUCAUUUCAGGAUAAGGCUGUUGCCUCUUGGAAGACGAUUUACGAGAUACGUCUUUUGAUAGACACAUUAGCGGGAGAGUUAUUGGAUUUCUGUUUAUCAGCAAGUCAGAUAUGUUGGUAAUGAUACCAUGAUUAAAUUGUAUGAGAUGUUUGUUGUAUGGGA